UACUUUACUUCGGUGGUGGGGGGUAAUAGCGCGGGAACUCAACUUGCCAGUUUUAGUUUGUUUUGACCGGCUUGACUUUAUUUUGUUCAUUAUUGUGGCCUAACAGCCUUUCUUGUUCGGUUUCUUCCAGUCAUAUUGUAGCAGUUAUCUUGAAAGAGGAGUAACUUUGUGUGAUAUCGUAUUACUUUAAUAGAGAAGUCCUAAAUUCCCAACAUGAGUACAGAUGACCCCACUUUUAAUUAUCAUGAAGAGCUGAGAGCUCAAAGAGGUCAAACAUCUGGAACUAAUAAAAUAGAUAUGACUUCUGAAGAGCACCGUGAAAGCAUCAUUCAGCGAACAAUGCAUGCACUUUCUGUCAGUGAAAAGUUCACCGAACUACUUGUGAAGAGAAUGGACCAGAGUGAUGAUGUGCGACAGCUUUUGCCAGACGUAGAUUCUGCGCCCAAGGAUAGUAAUGGAAAGAAAAGGAAGGCUUGUGAGUCUCCAGAGGGCAAGUCUAAAAAGAUGAAGAAGGAAAAUGAUGGUUCAGCACAAGCUACUGAUUCAACAUAUGUCAAUGAACAGAACCUCAGAGUAUCAAAUCGACAACCCAAGCUUCUCUCAGGAGCUGUGAUGCGUGAUUACCAGCUUGAUGGUCUUGACUGGUUGGUGGCCUUAGACCUUAAUGGAGCUAAUGGAAUUCUCGCAGAUGAAAUGGGUCUUGGCAAAACUCUUCAAGUUAUAUCUCUGAUCAGUUUCUUGGUGGAAAUGGGAGUUGGGAGUGAAGCUCCUUUCCUUGUUAUUGGGCCCUUAUCAACUUUGCAUAAUUGGGUUGCAGAAUUCCACAAAUUUUCACCAAAGAUUCCUGUGAUUCUAUUCCAUGGUUCUAAAGAGGAAAGAAUACCUUUGAGUAGAAAAAUUUUGGAGAAAAGGAAGGUCAAUGAUAUUGAAACAUAUCCCGUAGUUAUUACAUCUUUUGAAAUUCCUCUCAGAGAUGCCUAUUUGCGUACUAUCAACUGGCGGUAUCUUGUCAUUGACGAAGGGCACCGCUUGAAAAACCACAAGUGUCUUCUUAUCAAGGAGCUGAGAAGAUACCGUUCGACAAAUCGUCUUCUUCUCACUGGAACUCCUCUCCAGAACAACAUGACUGAGUUGUGGUCCUUGUUGAACUUUAUUCUCCCAAACAUAGUCACUGAUAUGGAUGUCUUUGAAUGUUGGUUUGAUUCUUCUUUUCUGGAUGCAUCAGAUAGAAAUGAAAAAAUUGUUCAGGCUGAGGAAAAAAAUAAGGUUUUGACUACACUCCAUAAGAUUUUGAAGCCAUUUCUUCUCAGAAGAGUUAAAGCUGAUGUUGGUUUAAAUAUACCUCCCAAGAAGGAAAUUAUAAUCUAUGCUCCAAUGACAAAAUGGCAGAACAGACUUUAUUCUGCAGUUGCUGACAAGACCCUUUAUUCCUUGCAGGGCAAGAAAAAAGACCUGGAUGACCCAGUUGCACUUGCCCGAGCAAUUAGACGGAAUUCCAAAAUCUUUAUGUCUGAAGCCACCAGCCCAACAGCUGAACAAGAUGUACUUGCUGAUGAUUCUCGAGGAGCAGUGAAACAAAAUUUACUUUCCCCUAAGAAUUCCUCUAAACCAACUACUUCCAGAACAAGGUCAGAUCAGGCAAAUCUUUCAGAGCUCUCCUCUCCUCGGUCAACAAGAAAUACCCCCAAGUCAUCCCCAGCCAUGAGGUCAUCUUCUCGUGUGAAAAAGAGUACGACUGUUAAAGACGAAUCCCAAUCCAGUGAGAUGUUGCCCACUCCAAGGAGAGCAAGAAGAAGGUGCACUGUUCAAUCAGGAGAUUACAAGCUGUUGGCAAAUGGUGUGCCAUUGAAUGCCAUCAGAGAGGAGCCUAUUUAUUGUGAAGAUGACAGUUGUGAUGAAGACAUUGUACCAGACAAGCUUUUGGAGGGUCUUGCAGAACCAGAUGAGGAAUUUGUCACUGAAAUGAAAAUAGGGCAUCCUGUUUCAAUGUUAAGGCAGAUAUGCAACCAUCCUUAUCUAGCUAGUUUCCCUGUGAUUCCUGGUACUAGAAUGUUGAAAAUUGAUGACCAAAUUGUGCAGCGCUCAGGAAAGAUGCAAGUCCUCGAUGCAAUGUUACAGCGCCUCAAAAGAAAUGGACACAAGGUUCUUAUAUUCUCAAAUUUCACAAAGAUGCUAGAUAUUAUAGAAGAUUAUUUACUUAUGAGGGAAUAUCAGUAUACAAGAUUGGAUGGAACUCGUGAUUUGAGUGAUCGCCAAAAAAAUAUUAAAAAAUUCAGUGUAGAUGAGGAUGUGUUCAUUUUCCUCAUUUCUACACGAGCUGGAGGCCUGGGAAUAAAUUUAGUGGCAGCUGAUACUGUUAUCAUUUAUGACAGUGAUUGGAAUCCACAAGUUGAUUUACAAGCUCAAGAUCGUUGCCAUAGAAUUGGUCAAACAAAGCCAGUUGCUGUGUACAGAUUUGUUGUAAAAGGAACAAUUGAUCAGCACAUACUUGAUCGGGCUGAGACCAAAAAGCAAUUGGAUAAACUUGUUAUUCAGCAUGGAAAAUUCAAAAAUUUGAAGAAAAAUGAGGUGUUUAGCCUACAGGAACUCAAAGAAUUACUUGAGUCAAAAGAUAAGAAUGAAAUUGACAUUGAGAGUGGAUUAGCCUACACAAAUGAAGAGCUGGAUGUUCUCUGUGAUAGAGCUGCUGUAUUUGCCUUGGAUAAGAAUGAAGAGACAUCUCCCUCUGAAGCUAAUUCAGAAACUGCUCCAAAAUUAGAGGUUCUCUCUGAUAUUGAUGCUGCGAGUGAAGGGUCUGACUCUCAGGAUGCCUUCAGCCUAAGCUCUGAACCUGUCUCUGAAACAAGCAGUUCCCACUCUCUUGUUUCUGGUCGCAGUGGUCUUUCCUUCGCAAGUGAUUCAGGGUUCAGCAGUUGCAGUGAUUUGUCUUGAAAUUCUGGUCUUGAGCGAGAGCAGUGGCUGUGAUAUGAUUUCCUGCAUGUUUUUAUUAAUAAUUUUAACAGCCAAUUAUCUAUGCUCAAGUUUUAAUUCAACUGAUACGAAGCUGUCUUUUAAUGAUUUUGAUUGAACUUUUAAUAAUUUUGUACCUGUAUUACUGAUCUGUAUUAAUUUACCUGACUUUUGUACCAGUAUUAUUUUCGAUGUAUUAAAACUCAUUACUUCCCAUUUA